AAUAAAGAAAGCUUAAAGACCUACUCACACCUUCUAUAAAUAGCUCAGACAACCGUUAGUCACACACUCAUAAAUCUCUCAAACUAAGAGCUUCACUACACAUCUUCUCUCUCAAGAGCCAAGUGGAUCAAAGGCAGCCAUGGCCAAACUCGUAACUUACCUUCUCUUUAUCACCAUUCUCUUCUCUUUCACCUUUCUCACUAUGUCAAAAGAGGCAGAGUACCAUCCAGAAAGGUAUGGACCUGGAAGUCUCAAAUCAUACCAAUGUGGAGGAGAAUGCACGAGGAGGUGUAGCAACACGCAGUACCAUAAGCCAUGCAUGUUCUUCUGCCAAAAGUGUUGUGCUAAAUGCCUUUGUGUCCCUCCAGGCUUUUACGGCAACAAACAAGUGUGUCCUUGUUACAAUAACUGGAAAACUCAACAAGGUGGACCAAAAUGUCCAUGAGAAAAAACGAAAAGAGAGACUUCUAUCUAGUACUUUCUUCAAUUAGCUCUAGUAUGUUUUCAUUGUAAUGAUAAUGAAAAUUAAUUUCAGUAAUAUUUGCCUGUAUAACUGUAUUGUAAUUCCCGAUCCCCUAUAAUUCCAUGUUUCUUUUCUAUUUGUCUUUUGUUAUUUUCUUCCAAUUAAGGAAUACAUUUCAAUUAA